CCAACGGGCACCAUUUCAAAAAGUAAUUAGGCCAUCCUUUGCAGGUUCAACAAGGGCAUGCUACCGACGGCGAUCAAGAUGCCGGUCAGGAGGAAAUCAUCUCUGAAGAAGCCAGUCAAGGACGUUUCCAACCUAAAAUACCCUCCAACUUCCUCCAAAUCUCUCACUACUACACCCACCACAACCCAAGAUUUUAACCGCUCUAAGCCUGAAGACCUAGAUGAUUCUCUCGAUCGCCUCCUUCUACUUCAGUCCGAUCUCUCCGCCCUCACUCACCAGAUCGAUGAACUCGUUGUGAAAGCACUCGAAUUGAAGGAAAUAGACAAACAAGGGAGGAAAGAGAUCGAAUCUUUCACUCAUGCCUUAUCCGAUAUACUAUCUUCUUUGAAGCCCUGGCUUCCUAGGUUUCAGAAGGUGUUCUCUCACCCAUCAAAAGAUUCUGAUGAUGGUAUAGGACAAUCGUUGGCUAAUGGAGGCAAUACGUUGGUUAAUGAUAUGGAAAAUAACGUUGCUGACAGCCCAGACCACGGUGAAGCUCAAGAUCUGGUCUCUCCUUCACCUCUCGUAUCAUGGCGUGCUGGUUGCAACAUUGAGAGAGGAAGACAAAUGUUUUUACUCACUCCUCUUCCUAUUUCUAAAUCAUUCUCAUCGAAACAUGUGGCUAAAUCUGUUCUUAACGGAAUGAAGUCAGGUAUACUUAAGAGUACACAACCAUGUUUUAUUGCAUGUGGAGAUUUAAAUGAAAAUCCACUUGAAUGCAAUGUAAUUGAGCCUAGUGUUGUCAAGCCUUCUGGGCCUGAUUUAUCAACACUUGGGGAGAAUCUGCUUGAAUGCAAUGGAACGGAGGCUAGUGUUGUGGGGAGUAAUUUGGUAGAAGGUAAUGGACUUGAGCCUAGCGGUGCUGAGCCUUCUGGCUCUGAUUUAACACAGGCAGGGAUAAUUCAUCAGCGUGGAUUUGCUUCCCCGCCAUUGUUAUCAAAGAAGAAUUGCUCUAUGUUAAUUAUGACACCGUGCUUUAAAAUGUCACCUCCAAAAUCUUGUGUGCUGCUUGAACCCAUUUCAGAGUCAUCACAUAAAGAUAAAAAAAGGUUUUAUAAGGCCACGCCUUUUCCUGUUGGAGUUCAUGAUUGCUCUUCCGGCAGUGACGCUUCUGAUGGGUUGGCUUUAAAGUAUCCAGAACUCUUAGGUAUUCAACAAGCUCAUAAAACAGGAAUCAGAAAGAAAGUUGAAGCCUCACCAGACUGGUAUAUGUCACCUCCAAAAACAUGCGUUUUACUGGAACCAUCUGAUUCUCAUUCUGUUAAAAGUGCUACUUCAAGUGGAUGUCACGAAGCCAAUAAAUCUUUCAGCCACCAAGAUCCAGUUGGGGUGAGCUUGCCGCACAUAGAUAACACUCCCAUGUUGAAGGGAUGUGAAAGUGUAUUCCGGGUUGGGAAAUUUGCUGGGGAGGAGACUCUUAAGAAAGAACUAUGGAUGAAAUUUGAAGCAGCCUCAGCCAAUCCAUUUCCUUGUGAUAAAGCUCUUCAAAAGACAUCGAAGAAAGGCUUCUUGGACUUGUUGGAUGAGGUUUCAUGUGAUUAGAUGUGGAACUGAUACACCUUUGAAACACCUUAGCCUCUUGUUUAAGUCAGCAUAUGUUGUGGUUGUGCAGAAAGAAUCUAUGGAGCUGCACUUCUCAGUGCUUAGGAAGCUAAAACAUAUAAUGAUGGUGGAAGCAGAAUUGAUGUAAAGAAUGCCUGUGUAAUACUAUUAGGCUACAUUUUGUCCAGUAAGCAUAAGCAAAAGUUGUAUAUUCUCAAUGAUGUAUACAACUUUCCACAGAUAUUUUGAGCCUUCAAUGAUAAAUUGGUUGUCCAAUUUAAUUAAAUUUUCUUUGAAGGAAAUCCAUGAGUCAACUUCAGCAAGCUAAAGGCCAUUGUACAUCUAAUCCUCAUUUUACAUCUAAUCAUCUGGCCGAUGAAGGCGAAGCACAACAUUUGUCGUCAUGAAUCCGUUGAUGUCAUUCAUUAAAUAUUUCGACUUUUUCAAUACAGUAACAUGGAUAAGCAUCUUUAGGUGAGGAUUAGAGAUGGUGUAAUCGAUUUGUUUUGAAGAGUUUUAUUGUUGAAUUUUAGAUGUCUGUAGUAUGUAUUGAAAACUUUUUAAGUUUUGAAGGAAAAAAAAAAGGAAGAGUAGGUUGCUUCUAAAA